CCGUCUUCAACUUCGCAAUUGGGGCCACGAACAACAUGAGCUUGAGCAAACCUAUGGCGACCCUUGCGACCGCAACAUCCGCUGCCGUGGGAGGAUGCACGUCUUCCUUGGCUCUGUAUCCAUUGGACACGUUGAAGACCAGAAUGCAGUCUGAGUCGAAGAAAGAUGCAAACGACAAGAAAACGCCGGUCACUUGGGACGUCGGCACCAUUUUGUCGCUGUACAAGGGUGUCGAGUACAAAGCCGCGCAGUCGACGAUCUCCAAGUUCCUGUACUUCUAUGCGUACACUGCCAUGUCGAACAUGCUCCUGGCGAAAAACUCGACGUCGCUGUCCACGGGCGCGAAUUUGGUGGUCGGGUAUUUGGCCGAGAUGUUCCAUUUGCCAAUCACCUUGCCACUGGAAGUCGUAAUCACUCGCAUGCAGACAUCCAAGGGAAACGAUGGCAAGCACACAGGGUUUGUGCAUCUCUUGCAAUCGAUCUGGGAAGAGAACGGGGGAAAAUGGACGGCGUUCUACAAGGGCUUUUCGGCCUACUUUGUGCUGUGCUUGCAACCAGCCAUUCAGUUCACCGUGUUCGAGCAAGUGAAGAAGGUGUAUUUGAAAGCGUACAAGCCCACCACGAAGUCGUUGUCUGCGAUCGAGGCAUUUGUGCUGGGCGCCGCAGCGAGAUCGUUGGCCACCCUUGUGGUGUUCCCCUACAUUCGAGCCAAGGUCAUUGUCCAAGCCAAAGCUAAAGCUGACUCUCAUGAAAAGCCCAAGAGCAUGCUCGAGAUCCUUCAGAACCUCGUCCGCGACGAAGGCUACCCGUCGUUGUACCGCGGUUUGGCCCCCGAGCUGACCAAGGGCGCCCUCUCUUCCGCGUUCAUGUUGAUGGUGAAGGAAAAGAUUGAAGCGUAUGUGACGCUGUCGAUCAUGCUACUCCGCGCCACGAGUUAAAGCAAGUACCCCACUGCAUAUUAGUCUGUAUUAAGAGCACGAAGCUCGUCUACAAUGCGACGUUGUGCGUCGGUG